AUGAAUGAAGAUCUCUCAAGCCCACAAAUGUCUCUAAAUAAUUAUUAUAGUCCAGGAGAUUAUCUCAUUACUGGAGUUAUACCAGUGAAGACAGCUAAGUAUCCAGAAUAUGCUUUCUUGUCUGACCCUGCCCAUGACUCCCUCAUGAUAUGGGAGAUGAACUACCAGCAUGUCCUAGCCAUCUUGUUUGCCAUUAAAGAGAUCAGUGAAAAUCCCAAGCUCUUACCCAAUAUCACCCUCGGCUACAACAUCUAUGAAAACUGUUUCAGUGUCAGGAUAACCUGUGAAGCCACAGCACAUCUCCUCUCCACUGGACAUUGGAUGGUCCCUAAUUUCAAGUGUGGAAGGCAAGAAAAGCUCCUGGCUGUUAUUCAAGGAGGGGACUUUGAAACCUUUUUUCUGAUGGCAACUAUGCUAGAUGUGUACAAGGUCCCUCAGCUGUCUUAUGGUUUUGUCAACCACAUUCUGAGUGACAAAACUCCAUUCCCCUCUUCCUACUGGAUGAGUCCCAAGGCAACUCUGCAGUACAAGGGAAUACUUAAGUUGCUGCAGUAUUUUGGGUGGACGUGGGUCGGUCUCAUUGCUCCAGACAAUGAUGGUGGAGAACUCUUUGUGAGAACCUUGAACUCAACAUUCAUCAGAAGUGAUAUUUGUGUAGCCUUCACAUACGGGAUCCCACAAGUAUUUUCUCUUGACAUUAAUGUUCUAAAACAAACACUUUUAAGCUGUUUAACACAUCUUACACAGAGGAAAGCCAAUGUGAUGAUCUGUUAUGGGGACUCUGAUUCAAUGUUACUGUUGCCAUAUGGACUAAAUGAAAUUGAAAGAAUAAAUAAUGCCUCUAUAGGGAAAGUUUGGAUCUCCACAGCUUUGUGGGGCUUCACCUCAAGCACGUUUUUUACAUACUGGAAUAUCAAAUUCUUCCAUGGGUCAUUGGCCUUCAGCAUUCAAACAAAUAAGAGGUCCAAAUCCCAGGACCUUUUCUUGACUCAAGAUGAAUAUUCCCUUGAUUCUGUUCGGUCAGAAACAUUUGACUGCGCUCAUUCAAACCACAGAUGGUCAAGGAAAACCUGGAAAAGAUGCAGGGAGAGGGGAAAGCUGGAAGGUCUUCCCCCAGCUUGGCUUGGGAAAGGGAUGUCUGCUGAGAGUGACAAUGUUUAUCGUGCUGUCUAUGUUGUGGCACAUGCCUUCCAUGCUCUGAUCACAUCCAUAUCUAGCCGCAUGAAGACUGCAGAAGAAGGCAGACUGGACCUUCUGAACAUAGAGCCAUGGCAGCUCCACCCUUUUCUGAGAAGUGUCCGCUUCAACAGUAAUACCAUGGAUGAGGUGCAUUUUGAUGAAGAUGGGGAAUUGGUGGCUGACUACGAUAUUGUGAAUUUGGUCACAUUUCCCAACCAAUCUGCUGUAAGAGUGAAAGUUGGGAAUCUGCAGACCCAGACACCAUCAGGCCUAGAGCUGACCAUUCACGAAGAGGCCAUUGUGUGGCCCAAUUGGUUUAACCAGACAAAGCCCCGUUCUGCCUGUACAGAAAGCUGCCAACCUGGAUACAGCAAGGUGGUGCCAGAAGGACAGCCAAUCUGCUGCUACCAUUGUACCCCAUGCAUGAAAGGGACCAUUUCUACUCACACAGAUGCAGAUCAUUGUCAUGAGUGUUCACCAUAUCAAUACUCAAACAAUGAGAGAGAUCAAUGCAUCCCCAAGACUACAGUCUUUGUUUCCUAUGAAGAACCCCUGGGGAUUACCUUUGUUGUCUUUGCCCUAUUGUUCUGCCUCAUCACAGGUUCUGUUUUUGGAAUCUUUGUUAAACACCAAAACACUCCAAUAGUUAAAGCCAAUAACCGAAACCUCACUUACAUCCUCCUCAUUUCCCUCCUGCUUUCCUUUUCAUCCCCCUUUUUAUUCAUUGGCCAACCUCAAAACGUCACCUGCCUUCUCCGCCGAAUAGCCUUCAGCAUCAUCUUCUCGGUGGCCAUCUCUGCUCUGUUGGCCAAAACAAUUACUGUGGUGUUGGCAUUCAUGGCCACAAAGCCUGGGAACAAGGUCAGCAAAUGGGUAGGAAAGAAUGUGGGAAAUGUCAUAGUCUUUUUCUGUUCCACCAUUCAGUUUGGCAUCUGCAUUAUCUGGAUGGUAAUAUCUCCCCCCUUUCUAGAACUUGACUUUGAUUCUCAGGUUGGACAGAUAAUACUGCAAUGCAGCGAAGGGUCCUUCACCAUGUUUUACUGUGUCGUGGGCUACAUGGUCCUUCUGGGUGCCAUUUCAUUUAUUGUUGCUUUCUUAACCAGGAAGCUACCCAGUGGUUUCAAUGAAGCCAAGUUUGUCACCUUCACCAUGCUGAUAAUUUGCAGUUUUGGGGUGUCCUUUGUGCCAAUCUAUCAGAACACCAAGGGGAAAUACAUAGCAGUUGCGAAGCUCAUAACCAUCUUGGCUUUCAGUGCUGGGCUCCUGGGUUGCAAUUUCCUUCCCAAAUGCUACAUCAUUGUACUGAGGCCUGAUCUGAAUACAAAGGAGCACCUAAUGAUGAAGAGGAAAGUUUAA